GCCAUAUUGAUAGCAACAGCCCCGCUCCCACCUGCUGCCGCUGGGCAUCCCUGGGAGUUGUAGUUUCCGGUUCCCUAGAGGAAAAGCGCAGGGUUGAGGAUCUGAGGCCCUAGGGAACUACAGCUUCCAGCAGGCACUGCGCCCAUACGCCUUCCCACAGAGAGGAGGGGACCUGGGAGCUGAAGCCGCGCGGACUACAUAUCCCAGAAUACCGUGGAUGCUAGACCCAGAUGAGGGACAUGAUAUCAUGCUGGGAUGGAAAGGAAGGAUGAAUUGGCGGCGGCGAAGAAUUUGAGCGGACGGAAGGAGGUGUUUAGAAAGAAAAGGGAGGAAAAGGAAAGACGCCCAUAGUGCCCAUGAUACCUACAGUAAAACUACAUUUCCCGUGAGGCUCUGGAAAAUGCGUGAGGUGGGAAGACUCCAAGUCCCGCGAUGCUCUCGGCUAUAGAGAUUAAACCGGAAGAUCCUUCCUUGUCUUUGAGAAGUGAAGAGACUGGUACUGAACAACCAAAAGUCCGAUAUGAAACUGGUGAGUUUCUGCUACUAAGUCAGAGGGCAAAGUAUUGCCUGUCAGGGCACCCAACUUUACCAUGCAACGUGCUCAAAUUCAAAUCCACCACUAUUAUGUUGGACUGUGGACUGGACAUGACUUCCACCCUCAAUUUCCUUCCUUUGCCUCUCGUUCAAAGCCCCAGGCUAUCUAGUCUUCCUGGAUGGUCUCUAAAAGAUGGAAAUGCUUUUUUGGACAAGGAGCUAAAAGAGUGCUCAGGUCAUGUAUUUGUGGAUUCUGUGCCUGAAUUCUGCUUACCAGAGACCGAGCUAAUAGACCUGUCUACAGUCGAUGUGAUCCUCAUCUCUAACUAUCACUGCAUGAUGGCGCUGCCCUACAUCACCGAGCACACAGGAUUUACAGGCACAGUGUAUGCCACAGAACCCACCAUGCAGAUCGGCAGGCUUCUCAUGGAAGAGCUGGUGAAUUUCAUCGAAAGAGUGCCAAAGGCCCAGUCUGCCUCCUUGUGGAAGAAUAAGGAUAUACAGCGGCUGCUGCCUUCUCCUCUCAAGGAUGCAGUGGAAGUGUCAACCUGGAGAAGAUGCUACACGAUGCAGGAGGUGAACUCAGCCCUCAGUAAAAUCCAGCUGGUGGGAUAUUCCCAGAAAAUCGAGCUGUUUGGUGCUGUCCAGGUGACCCCUCUGAGCUCUGGCUAUGCCCUUGGAAGCUCCAACUGGAUUAUCCAGUCACACUAUGAGAAAGUAUCUUAUGUCUCCGGAUCCUCCUUGCUUACCACACACCCUCAGCCCAUGGACCAAGCUUCUCUCAAAAACAGUGAUGUUCUAAUUCUCACAGGGCUGACGCAGAUCCCUACUGCAAACCCAGAUGGCAUGGUUGGCGAGUUCUGCAGCAACCUUGCUCUGACGGUUCGGAAUGGAGGAAAUGUGCUGGUCCCCUGCUACCCUUCAGGCGUGAUCUAUGACCUCCUGGAGUGCUUAUAUCAAUACAUUGACUCCGCUGGCCUUUCCAACAUCCCCUUCUACUUCAUCUCCCCAGUGGCCAACAGUUCACUUGAGUUUUCCCAGAUUUUUGCAGAGUGGCUUUGCCACAACAAACAGAGUAAAGUUUACCUCCCAGAACCACCUUUCCCGCAUGCAGAGCUCAUUCAGACCAAUAAGCUGAAGCACUACCGCAGCAUCCAUGGCGACUUCAGCAAUGACUUCAGACAGCCAUGUGUGCUGUUCACCGGGCAUCCUUCCCUCCGCUUUGGGGAUGUCGUCCACUUCAUGGAACUCUGGGGGAAGUCUAGCCUCAACACCGUCAUAUUCACAGAACCAGAUUUCUCCUACCUGGAGGCCUUGGCUCCUUAUCAGCCACUGGCCAUGAAGUGCAUCUACUGCCCAAUUGACACUCGACUGAAUUUCAUCCAGGUGUCAAAGCUACUUAAAGAAGUACAGCCCCUGCACGUGGUCUGUCCUGAGCAGUACACCCAGCCACCCCCAGCCCAGUCCCACAGGAUGGACCUCAUGAUCGACUGCCAGCCACCAGCCAUGUCCUAUCGGCGGGCUGAGGUCCUCGCCCUGCCCUUCAAACGACGCUAUGAAAAAAUUGAAAUCAUGCCAGAGCUGGCAGACUCCCUGGUGCCCAUGGAGGUCAAGCCUGGCAUCUCCUUGGCGACUGUCUCGGCUGUGCUGCACACUAAGGAUAACAAACAUGUGCUUCAGCCCCCUCCCAAGCCCACCCAGCCCACCAGCAGUAAGAAGAGGAAGCGGGUGAGCGAGGACGUUCCUGACUGCAAAGUGCUGAAGCCUCUGCUGAGCGGGUCCAUCCCAGUAGAACAGUUUGUGCAGACCCUGGAAAAGCAUGGCUUCAGUGACAUUAAGGUGGAAGACACAGCCAAGGGCCAUAUUGUCCUGCUGCAGGAAGCCGAGACACUCAUCCAGAUUGAAGAAGACUCGACUCAUAUCAUCUGUGACAAUGACGAGACGCUGAGGGUACGAUUGCGGGACCUCGUCCUCAGGUUCCUGCAGAAGUUCUGAGUGGGGCAUCUGUGAAAUCCUAGGCCCUUCACCCAGAGACAGUCUGGUGGUGUCCUCUGACUCCCAGAGAGGAGAGUGUCUCCAGCCAGGAUCUGCCAGUGGGACUUCCUUGGACUGCUGUUCCCAAGAACUUUUAGAGCCCUGUUCUUUUCAGUUCUGGGCUCCUGAGCAGCUCUGAGUGACAGCAUGACAGACAUCCUUUCCUAAGGGAAGUGAAAAAAAAGGCCUGGCCUGUGUUUUCAGGGCUCACAGGGGGUAACGCUCGGACUUAGCCACCUACAGUGCUGCACCUAAUAAAGGUCAGUCCCAAAAUUAGAAAGCAAACCUAUCUCACUCUGUUCUGUGGCCCAUUGUGCUAAAAAUAAACAUUAUUUUUAUAGAAA